GGUGAACAUUUUUGUAUCGUGCAACAUCGUACAUCAUCGUGUGCAUGAUGCAUGGUAAUUGUCACCCCUUCAAAAGUUGUUUAUGUUUUGAUUCUUCAUUUUUUUUUUUUUAAACAUUCAAACUGUGACAAAUUAAUGUUUGUAACUAAUUUUUUUUGUCUCAUUGACUACCGCCAACCCAUUCUUUCUGAUUCAUAUGUUCUGUGAAAAGUGAGGCCAUAAGAUGAGUGCUCAAUAUAGCCAGAAACAGGAUACCAUCAAUAAAUCUAUUCUUGAAGCAGCAAAAAAAAAAGAUGCAUCCAAGAACAAUGGUUUAAGGCAAUGUUUUGGUGCAUUGGUAGAUCGUAAGCAAGUAAGCUUAGAAUUGGAUGUACUGAGGUUGAUGAUUCGGAAAGAAAUGGGGAUACAUAUAGAUAAGCUUGAGCCUGAACUAGGGAAUCUUUUACCCUAUUUGCUGGUCUAUUAUAUUAAAAACUGGCCAGGCUGGCAAAAGAGCAAGGAUUAUUAUUCUGGCAAGAUACUCUUCAAGACAUGGUACGAUAAGUUUCACAAGUUUAUUACAUUUAAGUUGAAUGAGUUCAAAUUACUACACUAUCAUGAAAUUGGAUGUAGGCUUUUAACUACCAAAGCUGAACGGAUUAAGAAAAAGUAUAUGUGGGGAGAAAUUGUAGAUAAAAAUACACAGACUGAUAAUUUAGUGCCAAAGAUAAUGGCACCCUUUCAUAUUUCAAUUACAACCAAGCCGAUACUGUUAAACACCAUUGUAUUUAGUGAUAGUGGCAAUGACAUCAUUUUAAAGCAACAUGGUGCUUUAGAAUGGGAUAAGAUGGUAACCGAGUUAUUUACUCUUAAGCAGCUUACUACUUGGCCACAUGUUGAGGUACAUGUAACAACCCCAAUAUUUUCUUUUACUAGAAAAAACUUACCAGAGUUCAAAAGACAUGUUAGUUUGGUGGGAGCUCCAUUGCCUUCAACAAAAACAGAUUUUAUAGACAAUAUAAAAAUUUUAGUGCAAGAUCAACCAAGACAGUGUUAUACCCUAGAUUACCUGACAGACCUUAUGUCAGAAUUUAUUGAAAGUCUAAAAACGUUUUACCAUGCAUCAACUGUGGUUGAUGCCUAUCAAACAGUAAUUAGCGAGUUCUUAGGUGACAUUAACGAAAUUGAGGUAAUCAGAAAUGGAAAAAAAACUAUGGCAAGCAACACCUCAGUUCUUUUUAAUAUUGGCAAGUGUUCCUACUUUCGAAACAAAAAAUUGGCAAAAGGUCAACCAACGAAGCUGGAUGUCAGCUAUACAGAAGUUAUCAUUCCAAGAGUUGAAUUUGCACUUAACAUGAUCGUUGAAGAGCAAACAUUUAAAGCAUACUGUAACAAUUUAAAGAGUGCUAACAUAGAAAAUUCUUUGGAACCAAAAAUGACAUUUGGCUGCAACUAUUGUAAUAAAUAUUUUGAAAAUGGAGGAGGUAUUGCUCAACAUCUAAAAGAAGAACACAAGAUGGAACAAGGGGUACUAUGCACCCAAUGUAAAAAACAAUUUUCAAUUCUUGAUCUGAGCCUUUAUCGCUGGGUACACAUAUGCGUUCCACCUCCACCAAAAUCAAAACCAACACAGAGAUAAUAAAAUGGAUUUUCUUGUGCUUAAAUUUUUUUAUGUUCGACAGAUGCGAUUCUUCCAUUUUUGAUGUAAAUAAAUGAUAUGACUCUG